AUGACUGUCAUGAUAAGGUGUGUAUGCGAAGAAGAGAAGCCGUGGCUAAGCAAGAAGAAGAAACUGUCGGUGGUGAUGGUGAAGGCGUCUGUGGCCGCUUCGGAGAGUAGUAAUGUCCUAAAAACUUCAAAGCCGCCGCACCAAACAAAUGCAGGAGUAAUAGAUAUGGCCUCUCUGCUUGCAAAGGUUACUUUUACGGCGCUUCUGAUCUUAAGGGUCGUUGCUAAACCAAGGCCAUGGAAAUUACAUCCCCAGAUGCUCAUUGAAAGGGGUUGUUUCAUGGUUCUAGAAUCCUAUUUCAGCUAUUUCAAUUCAUUGUCCCAAAGUUCAGAUCAAGGAGACGUGAUAGAUAUGUUCCUCAUAGGAACAGCAAUGCUGAUGUUUGGGAUGGGGUUGCAUGUCAUGUUUAUGGGUUCAAAAUAUCUCAAAGGAAAAGGAAACUUGAGCAGUUUAUCCACCCUAACCCUUUUUGAAAACCAUCUUUUUGGAUCAAUCCCUCGUGAAGUUGGGUUGUUAAUGUCUCUCAGUAAGCUUGCUUUGUAUUCUAACAAUUUUAUGGGUUCAAUCCCUCCUUCUAUAGGGAACUUGGGCAACUUAGCAAUUCUAUACCUUUAUGACAAUCAACUUUCAGGAACAAUUCCUAAUGCAAUUGGGAAACUAAGGUCUCUCAUUGAACUUGAUUUGUCAGCAAACAAUCUUAUUGGGUCAAUCCCUACAUCUAUAGGAGACUUGUAUAACUUAAACAUUUUGCACCUCCAGGCAAACACAUUCUCAGAAUGGAUUCCUUCGACUAUUGGAAACUUGACCAAGCUCAGUGCGUUAGAUUUAGUCGUAAAUCAAUUAUCUGGCUACAUUCCUUCAGAGAUAGGAAAGUUGAAAUUCCAUGAGUUUCUUGGGUUGACCAGCAACCACCUCACUGGUCUUACAUAUUUGAAAAUUUUCCAUAUAGGUUACAACAAACUUACCGGUCAUUUGCCAGGACACUUAUGCUUUGAAGGUGGAUUACUUGCAUUGAGUGCAAACAACAACAAUUUCAUUGGUCCCAUCCCAAAAAGUUUGAAAAAUUGCCAUAGCUUAUACAGAGUUAGGCUUGAUGGAAACCAAUUUUUAGGAAAGUGGACAAAUUUUAUAGUUUCUUAA